AUGCUUGUUGUCGCUGGUACGCUGAGUGACUCAUCCCCGCCGAUGCCACACAUUUCCUGGAAACUAAACGACAAUUCACACUCUGAACACCAGAAGGUCAACUCGUGUCGCAUACCAUCGUCGACCAGCAACAGCAGCAGCAGCAGCAGGAUGGGUGAAACCGACGAGAAGGAGACAACGCCAACGGCGGCAACAACAAACGGUGGAUCGAGCGAGAAGCCGGAAACAACACCGCAAACGGCGACGUCCAACGAUGGCCCCGAGGUAGAGGCCAAGGAAACGGAGAAGCUACUCGGCGAUGGCGAUGGUGGUGGUGGCAAGAAGAACAAGAGCACCGAGAAUGUGGCUGGCAAGAACGGCGAGGAGAUCGUCAAUCUGCCGGAAGCGAAGGACAAGGAUGGUGGCGAUGGUCAGAAUGGUGGAGAGCAACCGAAAGCAACCACCACCGGUUCCGAGACCGAGCAAUCGAAACCGGACAAACCGAACAAGGUACAGGCGGAGGAGCGUGAGGUAAAACCGAAGAAGGUACCAGCCGGUGCGUUCAAGUUGCCCGGAUUCUUCAACAAGAACAAGACGAAGGAAGCGGACGGUGCCGAUAACGAGCUGCUGGAGAAGGGUGGCGAAAAUGGAGCAGACCAGGGUACGGAGAAGGGGGCUGCCGAUGGUGGUGAGACGAAGGGAGCAACGGACGAGAAACCGAAACGUGCCGGUGGAUUCUUCGCCAAUCUCAAGCUACGCAAUCCAUUCGCCAAGAAACCGACAACGGCGGCGACCGGUGCGGAUGAUGUGGAGGCCGGUCCAAAGGGAACCGAUGGUCCGGAGGAAGAGGAGAAGGAUGAGGUGACGGCGGAAGCAACGGACAAGCCAAGCGUUGAGGGUGAUACCGAUGCAGAAGCGAAGAAACCGGAACCAGCCACUGCAGAAGGUGGUACCGAGGAAGCGCCGGUACCGAAGAAGGGUCUACUGGAUGCACUCCGAGUUCCACUGGCCAGUAUCAUUCCGAAACGGUUUAAACCGGUGGCGAGUGGUGAACCGGAUGAUGAUAUUGAGCUGGGCAAGACACCGAAGAACCGGGCCGGAUUGGCUUCGAUGGAAACCCUGGACGAUUCGCUGAAGGAUACGGAAACGAAGGAUGCCGUGGAUGGUGCCAAGACGACGGGGGCCAACGGUACCGAUGGCGAGACGCUGGUGAAACCGGACGACAAGGAAGCGAAGGAUAAGGCCGCCGAAGCGGAAGAGGAUGCCCAGGAGCGCAGCUUGUUGCAGCGAGUUCAGGCGUACCGGUGCUCAGUUGAUGAUAUUGCCAUUAUUGCGGGGAUCGCGAUCUUCGUGGUGCUCGUGGCAUUGAUCGUGGCAUUUACAUUUAUUGGCAAAGGAGAACCGAUUACAGCACCGGUUCGCGAUGGAAAGUACAUCGAAACGGUGACGACGUGUGGCCGGGUCGAAGGUAUACUGGAGGAUGGUUCGUUCGCUUUCCGCGGAAUCCCGUAUGCGGUGCCACCGACGGGAGAGAACCGUUGGAAACCGGCACAACCGAUCGAAAGCAUCGAACACUGCUGGAAUGGUACACUGAAGGCGCACAAUUCGACCCCGGUUUGCUGGCAGUUCUAUGCCGACGGUAAGGUGGACGGUGCCGAAGACUGUCUUACGCUCGAGGUCAUUACACCGCACGUCCGGUACGACAACCCCCUGCCCGUCGUUGUACUGAUCGGUGCCGAGUCCUUCACUGGAGAUUCUCCCGGUAAGCUGCGUCCCUCGACACGGUACGCACGGUCCCGUGAUGUCAUCUUUGUGCGUCCCAACUUCCGGCUGAACGUGUUCGGAUUUCUGGCGGUCGAGCAGCUGACCAAACGGGUCCAUCCACCAACCUCCGGCAAUUACGGUUUAACGGAUCUGAUUGCGGCACUCAAGUGGAUUCAGCUGAACAUUCCACACUUUGGAGGGGAUCCCAAAUCGGUUACACUGUUCGGUCAUCGGGCCGGUGGUACACUCGUGACGGCGCUUGCCUCGUCCAAUAAAACCUCGAAACUGUUUGCCCGUGCCUGGGUGUCUUCGGGUGCCUCGAUAUUCCCCGGUAAACCGCUGGCUGACUCGGAGAAGGAGAAUGCGCUCUACGUGAACAAGAUACGCUGCACGACCGCGGAUUGUCUGCUGGAGAAGGAGGACGAGGAGAUUCUGGAUGCCGUGCCGGAUGUUUGGCGCCGUACCUUCCCCGAUCUGCCAACGGUUAGUGAGCAGCAGCAGCAGAAUGGUAAUGGUAGCGAUGGUGCUGCCGGUCACGAGUGGCUCGUACUUGAUGGUGACAUUCUGCAACAGCAUCCUGCCGAUGUGUGGAGUACGGAUGUAUCGUCCAAUGUACGGUACGUGAUCGGUUCGACGAUACAUGAGGCACACAACACGAAGCUGCUGCUCAAGUACAGCGAGUGGACCCCGGAGCUGGUGACGGCACAUGUGAACGAGAGCGUCAUCGGACAGCUUGGACUGACGGAGGAAGCAUUGCGACGGUACAACGCCACCUAUCAGGGUCUGGUGGCAAUGAUUUCGGACAUCCGCACGAUCUGCCCACUGUUGACGGUCACGCAGAAGCUACCGAGCUCACAGUUCUACGUCGUGUCGCAGACGGGCGGUGAGCUCGGUAUCGCCGAUGUCGACUCCGACAUCCAGGCCAUCCUGGGCCGGUACGAACCGAAGACGCCUGAACAGCGACGCUAUGUGGCUGCUAUCCAGCAGCUGUUCUACCACUACGUGUCACAUGGUGAGAUCAAGCAUGAGCUGCGGAAAAAGCUACUAGACAUCGGUCAGGACGCGCUGCCGACCUACAACACCGAUAACUGCCUGUUCUGGAUCAAGAACGACAUCGUGCCCCGGUAUGCACGGUUAGAUUAAGGAGGGGACGAAGGUGGGGUACGUCCAGGGGACCAACCAAAAAAGAAAGGAGUAGGAGGGACUCAUCAUAGCCGGACAACAACUAGCAACAACGACGGGACGUUGGACCGACAGCAGGCAGUCACUACUAGACAGACAGCUAGGAUAAGAGGCGGAGAGAGUGAGAGAGAGAGGCAAGGAAGUAAGGAAUGGCUACUCAUCUGACCAGUUUUAUCCUACAAUACGCAUAUAUACAACCUUUAUACAAACACACUUUAUAUGUAGUACAUAUACAAGCGAUUUCGCAGAUGAAGGAAUCUCCUUGGGCCAAACGAACUGCGAAAUGAAAUUUGGUGAAGAUGGUCUAGCUAGGAUGGUCUAAGCGUUACCUCCGCUUUUGUGAGGUGUAGCAGGCUAUCCAGCCUCAUCCCUUAUGGCGCAGUUCUCAUUCGUUUCCCAUUAACUGUUGGCUUUUUGGGGGUUUCGGUGGAGACCACCCUCUUGUGCGCUUUAGCUAUGUUAGGUCCUUUUUGAAGAGAGGCUAUCGGCCUUCCAGUUUUGCCUGUUGAAGCCACACUCACGACCUUUCAUUAGAUUUAAUGCUUUGAUCCGCUAUGACAGAGGGUCUUGUUUUAUAGACCACAGGGGAUAUCCCGUUUUUUAUAACAUACUUCCUCGAGCCGUUGCUUAGGAAGGCAGGAAGACGUAUUUAUAACAGUAUUCGUAAGGGCUCAAUAUUUAACUACUCCAAAGCUACUUCUACUACAGCGGUGCGAUGAUGAUCUGAGUAGAUAUAGGCAGUGCUUUUGGCGUUUUGAUGGUAGCAAUCGAUAAAGCAGAUUCUAUCCAUUUUACAAUGCUCAGGAUGCCGAAAAGUAUUUAUACAAACAUUCAUACCGAUCACCAAUGUUGUCAGUCGUUUCAUGAAAACAUUCUAUAGUUCUGUAAAUCUGUCGGAAUCUUUAUCACUCGCAACUCAAUUUGAGGCUCAACUUCAUAACGGACCCAUCCUUGAAUCUCUAUGCAGCUCAUACCUUGAUCCCGAUCGUGAACGUGAAUUGCUUUAUGAUACUCCUCAGUACGAUGGAAAGAUGCAGAUCGUGCUCAAUAAUAAUCGUAUAUACCACACCUGCGAAACAAUAGGACAACCGACGUAAAACGACUUUAACAUUUGCUCUUCCUAUUCUUCACUCUUUCUCUCUCUCUCUACCUAUCUCACUCGAACACUUUAGACUCACUUUUCUACUACGCAUUAAUUUAUGUGGUCGCCCUUUAGCGAGAUUAACGAUUAAGGGAGGGACGAGUUUUAAGUAAUUAUUAAGUAAAUGCAGUAACAUAAAGAACACGCGUCGAGACGGGCAGAGCGCAACCGAAACAAAGUAAAAGAAGUGAAAGGAAGAACAAAACGGUAAAUAAAGUGGAUGAGUAACGAAAUAAGAAAGCCGUAAUAUAUGCAAACAAAAUGUGUGCGUGUGUCUGUGUGUGUGUAUAAGACAAGGUAGCCGUAUGUAUCGAGUUAAAACAAAAGAAGCACGCGAUUGUGAUUCUAUCGUUUAAAGCGCGAAUAGCAAAGAGAAGGGAAGCUGGUAACAUAAAGAUAAUAAGUGAACACCGGUGGUAACGUAGUAAGGCAAGAAGAAAGGUAGCUUUAGCAUAAAACGAACAAGAAAGAAACAAAACGGAACCGAAUGGAGAACGUGUAUUUGUUGUAAUUUAUACUCCAUUCGCUCUAGUUUGUAAUGUAAGCUUUUUACUACCCUCUUCUACUACUACUAGUAUACUCUAACUAUACCCACACUGCCUCUGUCCCUUACGACUCGAAUGAUUUCUUCCGGUUCCGAUCCACACGCAGCCGAGUUUGCUUUUAUGCCGCUUCAUUCGCUUCAUAGUUUGAAUUUUCCCGGUGUGACCUCGUCCCCGUUCGUUUACGCAAUCCUCAGGCACUCACUUUCAAAACUAGCGAUCGUCAAAUAGUCAAAUCAAGCGAUCCGGCUAAUUUACUACGCAUUUAUCGCAUCCGACCGAAACAAAGAACCUUCCCCUCUCCCCUUCGGCAUACAAUUUAGUUCUAUGGGGGUGAAAAGGCAGCAUCCGAUUGGAGUGGAUGCUCGCUUAAGAAGCAGCGGUAUGGCAAAGCUUGAGGCAGAAACAGAUAGGGCAAAUAGGAAAAGGGCAAUCUGUAAAGUCUUAGGCUGUACUAUUACUACUACACUAAUACUACUACUACUGAAAUCGGAACAGAAAGGAUGUGAAAAUAUACACUUUUGUU